AUGGAAUAUAAUACUAUACCACAACCAUCUCUUCCUAGUUCGUCAUGGAUAAGUUUACGUAAUCAAAUGAAAAUGCCUAUACCAAAAUCGACUCUUUUAUGUACAACAUACAUACGUUAUUUAUCACAUUAUCGUUCUUCAACAUGGUCCAAUAUCGCUACAUUCCCACCAAAUAUUCAACAAGAUCAAAUUGACUCUCGUCCAAUACUUGAUUUUAAUUGUGUAUCUCAAGGUUUUUGUUGCUCAUAUUUAUCUGAAAUGUCUCCAUCUUCACAGUCAUUUACUACUCCAUUAUCUCGACAACCACCAUCUCAACAACAACAAUCUCAAUCACAAACAUCAUCAUCAACAACAACAGCAAAUUCUCGGCCACGUCUUUCAAUUGCUCAAACAAUAUCACCAGUAAAUGCAUCAAAUAUAAUCGCUACAGAAAGAGAAGUAUGUCUUCGAUUUAUCGGAGCAUUUAAUAUUCUUUUAACAUCACUUAUGCUUGAAGAUUUAACAACAUAUAUUGAAAAAUGGAAAACAUUAUGA